AUGGGAGAAGCUCACAGAAGAAUAACGGAAUACCUAAGCCGGUUCGCCGACGCCGUUUCAUUCCAAGACGGAACUUCUCUGAAACAACUCCUCUCGGUCUCCUCCAACUCCUCUUCUCUCCUAUCCCUCGCCGACGCUCUGAAUGUUUUCCAGGAUGCAAAUAGAUUAAUUAAGCAAUCGGAGAAGUACUCGCAGUUUGGGGAAAUAAUAGCACCUCUUUUCCGUUGUCUACAAAGUUAUAGAAUUGGCAACUUGCUCGAUGCUUAUCAUUCCUUCGAAAAAGCAGCCAACGCUUUUCUUCCUGAGUUUCGGAAUUGGGAAUCAGCCUGGGCUUUGGAGGCAUUGUAUGUUAUUGCCUAUGAAAUUAGGAUUCUUGCUGAGAGGGCGGAUAGAGAGUUGGCUUCAAAUGGAAAAUCGCCGGAAAAAUUGAAGGGAGCUGGUUCUUUCCUCAUGAAAGUCUUUGGUGUUCUUGCUGGAAAAGGACCAAAACGUGUGGGAGCAUUAUAUGUGACUUGCCAGUUGUUCAAAAUUUAUUUCAAGCUUGGUACAGUUCACCUUUGCAGAAGUGUGAUACGCAGUAUUGAAACUGCUCGAAUUUUUGAUUUUGAAGAAUUUCCUAAACGGGAUAAGGUCACCUACAUGUAUUACACUGGGCGUUUAGAAGUAUUUAAUGAAAAUUUUCCUGCUGCUGAUCAUAAAUUAUCGUAUGCCUUAAUGCACUGCAACCCCCGUAAUGAAGCAAAUAUCAGGAUGAUUUUAAAAUAUUUAAUACCCGUGAAGCUUUCAAUAGGUAUUCUACCCAAUGAUCAGCUUUUAGAGAAGUAUGGCCUAGUUGAGUACAGUAAUGUAGUCCAAGCUCUGAAAAGGGGGAUCUCCGGCUACUUCGGCAGGCUCUCCAGGAGCAUGAAGAUCGGUGUAUUUCUUGUCCUUGAGAAGCUAGAACUUCAAGUUUACCAAAGAUUGCUAAAGAAAAUUUACAUCAUCCAAAAGCAGAGGGAUCCAAACAAAGCUCACCAGAUGAAAUUGGAAGUAAUUGUUAAAGCAUUAAAAUGGCUUGAGAUAGACAUGGAUUUGGACGAGGUGGAAUGUAUAGUGGCCAUAUUAAUAUACAAGAAUCUUGUGAAAGGUUACUUUGCUCACAAGAGCAAAGUUGUAGUAUUGAGCAAGCAGGAUCCUUUCCCGAAGUUGAAUGCAAAGCCGGUUGUGUUCGCUAGUGCUAAGCCUUUACAGGUUGGGCAAUGGGUUUGUGUGCGUCUCAAAGGACCUUUGCUUGGGGGACAACUGGACAAUCCUCUUGAGGUCAAAAGUGCAAACAAGGAUCUUGUAGUAGUUCUGGUUGGUCACACCUCCAGGGCUUAUGUUUUUAGCUUAUUCACAUGUUAG